CUGGAGUUACUGGACGACGGACGAGGUGCAUGAUUGUUUUGAUAUGUUGCCCCACAAAUAGAGGGGUAGAGAGUAAUGGCCGCAGCUGAAUCGUGCAUAUUGUGGCGCUGUAAAUUCCUACUUUCACCUGGAGUAUAAGAGCGUAUCUUGCGACAGGACGCCCACGUAUGAGUAGGAUCAUUGUCUGUCUUCUAUCCUCCCACCCUGUUUUCCCUCUGUCGGACACAAGCCUCCAAUAUGGUUCAGUAUGUUGAGAGUAUACCCUAUUUUCCAGACCGUGCGGAAUACGAAGCCCGAGCACGAUCUGUUCCGCAACAUGAAAUCGACGCAGCUGUACUACCAGAGGGGUUCCCAACUCACAUAUCCUCAAAAAUGGCUUGGGACAGGGAGAGUAUUUCGUCCUACGAGGACGAGUAUAUAUUAAAUUUGAAUGAUUCCCAGCUGAAGGAAAUCGAGGAUGCCCUGCGGCAAUUUAAAGCUCUUGGGAAGCCACUGGAGCUUCUUAGCCCUGCCACCUUCCCCCUGCCAUCGCUACAUUCCAUCCUGCGCGGUAUAUCGGAUAAUAUCCACACAGGCACUGGAUUCUCCCUGGUUAGGGGCAUUCCCGUUGAUCGCUAUUCAGCGGAGGAGAAUAUGAUAAUAUAUGCUGGCGUGUCUUCUCAUAUCGGCCGCAUCCGUGGCUGUCAGGGCCGCAAGUAUGAUGGGCGUCCUGCAAACCUUGUUGUUAUGCAUAUCACCGAUAUGAGGCCUCCUUCUGACCCAACUCUCCCCGUCAGACUUGCAGGCUAUACUAAUGAAGACAUUCCAUUCCACUCAGAUAUUGGAGAUAUAGUAUCUCUUUUCGCAUUAGGUGAAUCAGCCGAAGGGGGUGAUAGCCAAUUAGCAAGCCUUUCGAGGGUCUAUAACGAGCUUGCAAGAACUAGGCCUGAUAUCAUUCAGGUUUUGGCCAGUGACUGGCCAAUCAUGAGUUCCAAAGAGGAGGGUGUCCUUGUCCCCCGGCCUCUGUUGUUCCAUCAAAAGCCAUCGGAAACAACACCCGAGAGACUGUUGAUCAAUUUUUCAAGAAGAUGGCUGACGGGUUUUGGCGACCUCAAGCGAACGAGACUGCUCUCUGUGAGACAGGCCGAGGCGCUUGAUGCCCUUCACUUCUUAGCAGAAAGGUUUCACUUAUCCAUGAAGCUGCAGAAGGGAGACAUGCAGUUCUUCAAUAAUUGGAGCAUCCUACAUGCUAGAAGAGGCUAUAAAGAUGGACCUCAGCAGAAACGACAUUUCUUACGACUAUGGCUGAAGGAUCCUGAGAACGCGUGGCCGACCCCGGAACAGCUUCAGUGGAAAUGGGAUGACAUUUAUAGCCAAGGAAGUUCGCCAGGACCGCAGGUGUUUCCGCUAUAUCCCCACACGACUUAGAAUGGAAACACUGUCGCGUAGCAUGAUCACAUUGACUACAUGUUUAGCCCUCGUUUGCCUUGGUUUACUGCAAAUAUCAGUUUUGAGCGUUUGGUGUUAGCCAUCUUUGCGAAAAUGUCUGCUCCGUUGAGCUCGUCCCAUCCCGGGUGCCCUCGUGUCUGGUAUGCUGCUCCGUGUCUUGCGUUGAAGAUUCGGUCCUACAUUGCAAGACUCUAUCGAGAAAUCUAUUCUUGAAGCCGAGGCCAGUCUUAAUGAGGCCAUUAAUUCCCUCUAGGCGGCCAAAAACAGCCUUCAGUUGAUCGGUCCUCUCUCGGGAAUGCCAGGUACUAUGGGUAUAGAUAGGUUAUAUUGACUGCGGGAGCAAUUAUGUAGCAUCUACUCUUCGAUUAUGGCCUGAGGAUCAGUUGUUACUCGGAAUAUGCCACCCGAUGCUUAACUGCACUUCGAAUGUUAACCGAGUACGUCAUUCUUCGAAUAAAUAGAAUCUAACAGGCAUCCUUGCAAA